AUGCACCUAAUUGAACGGCAACUGCAGAACGCAGUCAACAAAUUAGUUUCGUGGUGUGAUAAAAAUGGGCACACUCUUUCUCCGGAAAAGAGUCGUUGCGUUCAUUUUUGUCGAAAACGACAGCUGCAUCCAGAACCUGUGAUCAAUAUUCGUGGAACUGUCAUUCCCUCUGCCGAUGAAAUACGGUUUUUAGGAGUCAUUUUUGAUAGGAAGCUCACUUUCCUUCCGCAUGUCCUGCAUCUGCGGGAGAGGUGUGAGAAAUCACUUAACAUCCUGAAGGUGCUAUCUAAUACUUCCUGGGGGGCCGAUCGUACAUCCCUCUUACGGAUCUAUCAGGCCGUCAUUUUAUCCCGUAUUGAUUACGGGUGCAUGGUGUAUGGAUCUGCUCGCCCUUCCGUUCUGCGAAAGCUUGAUACGAUACACCAUUCUGCCCUUAGAAUUUGCUCUGGUGCUUUUCGCACGUCACCAGUAGAAAGCCUGUAUGCCAUAUGCAGUCAACUUCCUUUAAAUCUUCGACGUAAGAAGAUAGCCGCACAAUACUAUUUUCGAAUACUAUCGGCUCCGAAGCAUCCUGUUAGUCACCUGUGUCUCCCGGUUGGUCUUCGGAGACUUUAUGAUGCUCGCUCCUCUCACAUUCCUCCAUUUAAUGAGAGGGUUAAAGCUUUUCUUCAUGAUUCGGGACUCACCGAGGUUUUAAUUCAACCAAUAAAUUUCUAUUCUUUUCCUCCUUGGGAUGUCCCACAAUUUUCCUUUUUGAACCCUUUUUCUGGUUACGAUAAAUCUACAACAGCACCGAUUAUUUUUCAGCAACUCUUUCACUAUCACCGUUGUCAAUACUACCCUUACACAGAAGUUUUUACUGAUGGAUCAAAAUCCAAUCAGCAUGUUGGUAGCGGAGUGGUAUUUCCCUCUGAAACUUAUAGCUAUCGCCUGCCCACGUCUUUCUCGGUUUUUACUGCCGAAUUGAUUGCAAUAGCUUGCGCUCUUCAACUGAUUUCAGCUUCUUCUAAUCGGACAUUCUGCAUUUAUACUGACAGUAUCAGUGCUUUGAGGUCUCUUGACAAUUUCAACAACCUUAUGCAUCCUGUUGCUAUGGAAAUCCUUAUUCUUCUUCGCGACCUUGAAAAAAGAGGCGCAAAAAUUUCAUUUUGUUGGGUCCCGAGUCAUGUGGGAAUACCCGGAAACGAAAUGGCAGAUAUUGCGGCAAAAACGGCAAGUUCUUUGUUGCAGCGUGAACUUCCAUAUGACGAUGCAAAAAAAUAUUUUGCUAAUCAUGUUCGCGCUUUGUGGCAGCAAUCCUGGGAACAGCAAACUUCGAAUAAAUUACAUUCUGUUGAUCCAAUGACAAGUUUAUGGCCUGUUAUCCCUGUACGUGGAUUAGACGUUAAAUUAACUCGACUACGCAUUGGCCAUGCCCGCUUUAGCCACAAGCAUCUUUUAUUUGGGGAACAAUGCCCUUCAUGUCCAAAAUGCCAUGUAAUUUUAACAGUCAAACAUGUUUUAAUAGAGUGCCCUAAUUUUAAUCCUCAUCGCUUAAAGUUUUUUAAUUCACUAUCCAUUGAGUUGCGAGAAAUUGUGGGUGAAAGUCCUCACCCUAACAUUUUUAAAUUUCUACAUAACAUUGGUUUUUUACAUUCUAUUUAG